UAUCUCUGUUUUCACGAAUAUGUUUUUAGCUGCAACAGAUAAAUAUAAAUGAACAACCGACUCUGAUGAAGGAAUUUAACCUGUCUGUGUUACCAGAAUUUGAAAAAAUAUCAGCCAGAGUCCUCGAAGCUCCUAAAUUAAAAUAUGCUAGACAAGAGCCAGUAUGUGUGACAAAAGGAGUAUGGCAAGCUGAAAAAUUUUUACACCCGAGCAGUUUAAAAGACAAUGAAUGGACUAUUUUGAACUUAGACGCCAAAACAAGUAUCAGAGAAUUACAGAAUGGUUUUUGUAAAAGAUUCCAAGAAUGUGCUGCAAAGGUCAAUAUGUCACUUGGAAAAAUGUUAUUUCCUAUCUGCGAUCUCUCUAGGAGCAGUAAAAUAAAUGAUGAAGUAUUAAAUUUUUUGGCCAGAAAGAAGAACCAAGGAAUAAGACUUGUUAUGGUAGUAAUUCCAAAUAUAUAUGCAUACAGUUUGGUGAAGAAGUCCUCUGAAUUGAUAAUAGGGGGUAUAGUAACUCAAUGCAUAAAGUUAAGAACAAUAGAAAAUCUGACUGAUACGACAAUUACAAAUAUUUUAUUGAAGAUUAACUCAAAACUUAAUGGUAUUAACCAUCUAUUUUAUCAGCGACCACGUUGCUUAGAUACCCCAUCCAUGUUAGUAGGUGCGGAUGUGACUCAUCCAUCCCCUGAUGCUAAAAAUACACCUUCAAUAGCUGCGGUUGUUUCGAGUCAAUCAAAUACUUUCCAAUAUGAUGUUGAAUUAAGACUCCAGCCACCGAAAGAGGAAAUAAUUCUCGAUCUUGAAAACAUAAUGUUGAAGCAGUUAGAGCUCUAUCACACCAAUGUAGGUGAAAUACCAGACAAAAUCAUUUUUUAUCGAGAUGGCGUGGGUGAAGGACACUUUCCCCAAGUAAUGCAUAGAGAAAUAUCUGCUAUAAAAAGGGCUAUCUCGAAAUUGGGAAAUGGAACUUAUAAAAUUCCAAUAACGUUUCUUGUGGUUCAAAAGAGACACCACAUACGUCUCUUUCCGACUAACAAAGCCAAUUCGGACGACAGGAAUUUUAAUGUGCAAGCUGGUACCAUUGUUGAUACAGAUAUCACACAUCCAAGACAUAUUGAUUUCUACCUUGUAUCUCAUGCUAGCAUUCAAGGCACUGCAAGGCCUACGAAGUAUAGAUGUAUCUGCAACGAAAUUGGGAUGACAGAAGAUGAAAUUGAGCAAUUGACAUAUUAUCUUUGUCAUUUGUUUGCAAGGUGUACAAGAUCUGUCAGCUAUCCUGCACCCACCUAUUAUGCUCAUUUAGCUGCAUAUAGGGCUAGAGCAUGGAUACAUAAUGAACAUAUAAAUCUAGACGACUUACAAGAAGAGGAACGAAAAAAGUUAACUCCAAAAAUGAAAAAUUCUCCAAUGUUUUUUGUUUAAAAGUAUAAAUGCACAUCUGCAUUUAUUUUCUUGCGCUAUUAUAGAGAGUUAAAAUUAUUUAUAUUAAACUAUUCUGCAAGAAUGUAGUUUUUUAAAAAAACGACAAUUAGUAGAAAUUUUAGAAUUAGAUUUUAUAUAAAAAUACUGUUAUCAGUAAAGACUGGAAAUGGUAUGAAUAUUUUUACAACCAUUUUAUUGUUCGAGAGUAUUUUUUAUAUUAAUAUAGAGAUAUUUUCUUAUUAUAUUUUAACUAUACAUUUUUUCGUGGUACAAACGCAUAUUAUAAUAAAUGAUAAUGAAUGUA